GUGCUGGGGGAGGAAAAACGGGUGGAGGAGUGAACACUGAGGAGGGAGAGUGGAAGACCGAGCGAUAGGUGGAGCACCAAAAGACACGAGAGUGCAUCUGUUGACUUGCAUCUUCUAAAGACUGAGCCACAAACACAGAAACCAUGGCCAACAUCACUACCGCUAUACACUCAAGUAACCUCCCAUGGCACCCAGAGGCGGCCCCUCUCUCCCGUGUCUCCUUGCAAGUCCAGGAGGUCUACCCUUUCCACGAUGGCUGGAACGUGGCCUGCUUCGUCAUUCUCCUGCUCUUCAUCCUCACCGUCGUGUCUCUGGCUGCAUUGGCCGUGCUCUACGAGCUACUGGACUGUGGGUGCUGUGCCAAAGGGAAGACACAUCAGCAGCUACAGGAGGAGGGGCCGGGAAGCUGCGGCAAGCUCAUGACCAGCAUUUGCAAGGAGUCGGAAUCCCGCACCGAGGUGGUAUAGGGGCAGUAAAGGACGAAGAUGAGGAAGAUAAGGAAUUUCGGGCUUUCAGUUCUGAACUGGGCAAUAACACAACGUUGACCCACGAGGCCCUGAGAAGAGAACUUCCGAGUGCCCAACAGUGGUUUCGAUUGCUCACAGUUAAGAGGAGGCAGAGGGGAGGGACAAGAUGAGGUGAAAUAGGAAGUUUGUCACCGAUUCUGUGACAAUUAGAUAAUUAGCUUUUUAUUUAGGAGGAAAUCUUUACACAUCUACAUUCACAACUACUUAACACACGCGGCAGACACUGAAAGCCAUAUUUUACACAAGAAACACUACCAGAGGAACGACUGAGCACACGAGUAGUCGAAUUAUAGUGCGGCCAUGUUAACAUAAAACACUAGUAACGCCCAACAUCAGCUGGUUUAAAACACAAGUAUCCUUCCGGCCCGUGAGUACUGCACUUAAAAGUAUAAGCCGG